GAAGAUUCUUCUUUUUAGUGCUCGCAAACACAUAGAAUUCCACAAUGUUUGUAAACUCCUCUAUACCAAAUAUAGAACCUGCACGGAUGUAUAGCUCUACUUCACGUGUUACAGUAGGCCAAGAUCUUGACUUGAGGUGCAGCACGUACGGAUUAGCGAAAGCAGACCAGCAAGUGUUUGUUUACCUCCUCAAGAAUGGAGUCGGCCUACAAAGGGUCAAGACCACAAGCCAUGACAUCCCUUUCACAAUCAAAAGUGCCACACUGAACCAUACCGGAAACUACAGCUGUGUGUUCUCAAGGAAUGACUAUCAACCUGUUACCGUCCAUCUAGUGGGAGACAUGCUAGUCUUCAUCAAAGUGAUGGAUUUUGUACACCCCGCGAUUAUUGAAGUAGAUGAAUCCAAAGUAAGUCAAGGGACAGCGGUGGAAUUCAGGUGUACUUCAGAGGAGAGUCCAGACACAGACAUCCUUCAUGUGUACCUCUGCAAGAAUCACCGCAUCACUGAUGUGAAUAUAUGGGAUUCUGUGAAGAAACAAGCUCGUUUUCAUAUGGCAAGAGUCCAGGUAGAUGACUCAGGCAACUACAGCUGUGUGCUGUCACAGAGAUUGCUGGCUGCAACGGAAUUGCACAUGUGUGGAAGAAAUGCAGUACUCCUGCAGGUUCAAGGUGAGAAUGACGCAAACAGGAGAUUACAUGUCAACUGA